GCCGUGAUUGAGCGAGUCCCGCUUCCCCGAGAGCCAGCGGCAGCCCUCGCGUUUUGCCGCCAUGGCCGCCGCCACCGCUACUUGGCGCUACCGCGGACACCCCGGGUCGGAACAGCCGGCGGUGCUGGUGCAGUUCUCCAACGGCAGGCUGCAGCGGACCGGCUCCAUGCGGUUCACCGUCUACCGAAACAGGGACACGGCACACCCCCGGAAGAAGCACCGGAGGAUUUUGGUCUCAGAAACUGAAAGGCUUUCAUAUGUGGGGAAUAACUUUGGCAGCGGAGCUAUGAAAUGUAAUUCCCUAUGCAGGUAUUUUAUUGGUGUGUUAGACAAGGACUCUGGGCAAAUGGAAGUGUAUAAUGCUGAAAUAUUCAAUAUGCAGCCCUUGCUGUCAGAUAACUUAGUACCUGAUGACACAAAGGAUUAUCAGAAUAAAUCCUAUAGGGAGAAGAUGGAUUUGUGCAUUGAGGCCUUUGGUACGAGCAAGCAGAAGCGAGCUCUGAACUCUCGGCGAAUGAAUGCAGUGGGAAGUGAUAUUUUGAACACAGCUGUGACAAAAGCAGCAGCAAACAUUAUAGAUGCAAAGGGAGUAACAGCUCUGAUCCAGGAUGUGGCCCAAGAUGAUGUACAGAACAUCUCUACCUUCCUCCCACCAUGUAAUGAAGAUGCUAACAAACCAGAAAAUGUUUACAAGUUUGAGGACAUUCUGUCCCCAGCAGAGUAUGAAGCAUUGCGGAUUCCAGCAGCAGCUUUUGUUAACAUCACUCCAGAAGAAAUCACCAAGAAAACACAAGAGAGAAGCCAUUGCUGCUUUGUUUUAGAAGAGCUGAAGUUCCUGCCUGCUAAUGAGAAGAGCAGAGAUCACAAAGCCCGAUGCCUCUGGUUCCUGGACACCCUUAUUAAGUUCAGCUACCUGAAAGUGAUCAAAACAAAGUAUCCAAUGGGUCCUGAAUGCCCACAGAUUAUUAGCAGGAAACUCAUGAAGCAUUUCACUUCACUGACCUACAACAAUAGCAGUGUCCAGAAUUUAAUCUCUGCAUCAAUGAAGGCUAAAAUCACAGCAUAUGUCAUUGCACUGGCUCUGCACAUUAACAACUUCCAAAUCGACCUCACAGUCCUGCAGAAUGACUUGAAGCUCCAAGAAAGCAGGAUGAUGGACAUCGCAAAGGCCAUGCGGUUGAAGGUCUCCAAGGCAAAGGGACUGCCAGAAUUUGAAAAUGAUCAGAACCACAAGCUGGGCACUCUUUCUCUCCCCUUGCCUAUGCAGAAGGCAUCAGGGAACCAAAAGAAGCGCAAGAAAAUGAACUAAAAUGUCUGGGAGGGGCAAAACAGUUGUUUUCUCACUGCUGUUCCACAUCAUAGGAGUGUUUUUGUCUGUUGGGUUUGGCUGUCCAGCAUCAGCACAUAACCCUGCUGAAAUCCUCUCUCAAGGCUGGGUUGCAAGAUAUGUUCACCUUAUUAAACUGCUUUUUUUUUU